AUGAAGACAGUUUACAAUGUACGACAUCGAUUGAGGGUUCUACAGAAAGAUGGUAGAUCUCAAGUGCAGCAACGGUUGGGUGAAUUAGCAAAACAUAAGUACAUUGAGCAUCAUCGAGGUGAAGAAGGCUCUAUGACUGUCACAGACUUGUUUUGGGCACAUCCAAGAGCUUGCUUUGAUGUUAUUCACCAAAAAAAGCUUGCUUUGAUGAAUGCCAUUGACAACACCUUUUUGAAUGCUCGACAUUUGUUAUGUCCUUGGCAUAUUAAUAAGAAUGUAUUGACAAAAUACAAGAAAAUUUGUGAGACAAAAGAAAAAUGGGACAAGUUUAACACUGCAUGGAACUAUUUGAUAUUGUCAUCGACUGAAGAGGAAUACAAUGAUCACCUUGCAAUACUACAUGAGGAUUUCAGUAACUAUUCAGAGGCAAUCAAGUAUGCUACUAGUAAGAGAGCAAAUUCAGUUGGAAUUGAUGUUGCAGCAUGUGGGUGUGUUCUUAGGUGUACACAUGGUUUACCUUGUGCUCACGAGAUUGCAGAUUACAUGAGACAAGGUCGUUCUAUUCCACUCACUAGCAUACAUGUUGAGAAGUUGGAAUUGACUUGUAUCCCAGAACUUGAGAUGAUUUUGAAGCGGUUCAAUGAGUCUGAUAUUGCCACGCAAUUGGAUAUGUUGAAGAAGUUGAGGGAAAUUGCAAAUCCAGCGAGCACUUUUCUUAUUGAGCCUAAUAGCAUAUUAGCUUCUAGUCAGUCAAAGAAAAAGAGAGCUUCAAAAGUGCAUGAGAAGAAGUGGAAUGUGAAGACAAAGACAUAUCGUACAAGAAAAAGUUUACCGAGUGCAUAUGCUGGUGACUUCUCGCCUAUGUUAAUACCAUUCAUAAAGUUGAUGAAGGAUGUAGAUGGUGAUGGGAAUUGUGAUUUUAGAGCUAUUGCGGGUUUACUUGGUCAUGGACAGAAUGACUAUGUGAAAGUUAAGCAUGAUCUGUUACUUGAAUUGAAUAAUCAUAGAGAUAAAUACAUCGUACUAUACAGGUCGCAUGAGAGGGUUGAGGAACCGACACACAUCCUUUCAUAUUUUGAAGAUAGCCCAGGCUUUGAUCGUUGGAUGACUAUGCCUGACAUGGGGCAUCUUAUUGCAUCAUUUUAUAAUGUAGUCUUGUACCACUUGGCAUUACAACAAUGUCUCACUUUCUUACCUUUGAGAUCACCGCCAGUAACCCUAGCUGAUCGUCGCGAGAUUGCCAUUGGAUUUGUCAAUGGAAAUCAUUUUGUGUAG